AUGGCGGCAUCGAACGAACAAAUCAUUGACGAUAUUUGUCAGCGUUUACGGCUUCGCCUCGAAUUGAACCCCCGCAUAAUCCCGCAGAGUUGGGAGCUUGCGGCUACUCCCUUACACGAAUGGGAAGAACCGUCAAAGCUCUUGAAUGCAGAAGAGGCCUUUAUAAAGCUGGAAAUUUCUCGGGACAUUACCGAAAUGGUUCGAAAAUACCUCGACAAAGACUUCACAAUGAGUCAUCACCUUCUUUGUACUAUUCUUGGAUGCUCUCUUGAGCCCCUUAAAGCUACUGUUAAGUCUGUCAAGUCGAAAGUCAGUCAUGGAAUGGAUGACCAAGCAUACGUCAGAACCUGCCUUGAAGUUUUUUUGGAAGACCUGAACAGAAUGGCAGAUUUCUGCGAUAUGUUUAUUGGUCUAAGAGAGAAGAAAGUCAAGGCAGAGACAGCUGCUGCCGCUACUACCGAGACCGCGCCGGAGACCGCGCCGGAGACCGCACUAAAGACCGCGCCGAGGACCACGCCGAAGACCGCGCCUGGACCUGCCGCGCCGGGACCUGCCGCGCCGCUAAAGAAAGCGCUAUUGAAGACCAGUGCAAAAGGCAAAGUUGGACCUCGAGGGCCUGCCAAGGCAUCCAGGGCCAGCGCUCAAGGAAGCAAGGCAGGAUUGAGAAAGGGAACGAGAACUGCAUCUGGUGCCCGGCUUGCCCAGGAGUUAUCUACCACCGAGCUUACUCAGCUUGCUUCCGAUGUUGCCAAGCCGGGUGAACCUGUCAAGGAAGAGCCAGUCAAGGAUGAGCCAGUCAAGAAUGAACCUGUCAAGGAUGAACCAGCCAAGUCGGAUGAACCUGUCAAGUCGGGUGAACAAGCCAAGUCGGUGAAUGUCGAAAAAAGGAGAAAUGAGAAGGAAAAAACUAAAGCACUCGAAAGAGAUCACAAGAUGUGCAUUUUCAUUUCUACGAUAAACCCCGAUGUUGCUCACGUUUUACCCUUUUCAACAACGUCGUCGACUGAGAACACGGCUCGGACUAACCGGCUUUGGCCGGCGACGGUCAUGUUACUUGACCAGAAAUUCCACGACCAGCAUCUUCAGAGUCUUGUCCUGGGCGGCCUCGACAAAGCAUACAACAUGCACACAGGUGAUCCAGUGCAAAAGCUGGAUGCAGACAGUGGCCUCAAGUGGUCAGUCCGGGUGAAAUUCCACUGGUUUCCGGAUUUGCACAACAAGUCGCGAUACGAAAAGGAAGCAAACCUGGAAGGGCCAGUUAAUACUGUCAGCCUCCUACUUGAGGACCUUGACAACGCCCAUGCUCAUCUACUUCCAGCCCGGCGUCCCAGCAAGGGGUUUGUCAGAGCGUUUUUCCCCCAUGGCGAAUGGCUGGUCAGCGGGACCAUCAGCUACGUCAAUUUUGAUAACCCCGAGGAUGCUAUGGCCUAUCACGGACUAAUAAAGCUGCAAUGGGCGGCGCUUCGCAUUCAGAUGAUGCGCGCGGGCGCAGAGCCGCUGGACCUGCCCACUGGCGACGAUGACGACGAUGAUGGGUACCCAGUUUAUGGCUCGCUCAAGAAGUCCGAGUCGAACUCGCCGGUCGCCGCUCUAGCUGCCAUCCCUCCUUCUGACCUGGACCCGUCCCCUGCUACAGGCCUUCCUUCUUUUCCUACUCUUGACCUAUUGUCAGCCCCUGCCCCUGCUCCUGCUCCUGCCUCCGGCCCAGACCCGACCCCGGCCUUAAUUAUAUUUCCUACUCCUAAACUGAACCCAGCUCCGGCCCUGGCCCCGGUCCCACUUCUAACUACCGCCCCUACUUCUAGCAUACCCCCAGCCCUAACUGCUAUUCCCGCCCCCGACCUUCCCCUGAGCUCGCUCCCGAUCCCUACCGUUUCUGCCAAUCGUGCCCGACCUUCUUUCAUUCCGGUGAGGAAGGAUGCUCGCGCCGGUUCUCCUGAUCUUCCGGAUCUGCCUCUUACAAUUCGUAAGGGGAAAGCCCGGCAAUCCGAAAUACCACCUCAACAGAAACCGCGAAUGCCGUCGGCUUGGCCGAGAAUGCCUUCGGGCUUCUCGUGGAGGCCAGAGGAGGCCACGAAAACUUCCUCUGAUAAGGAGGUCGGAAAGGUGGUCGGGGAGGCAACCGAAGCAAAAGCCGAGCAGAUAAAGCUGCACGGGGAUGAGAAUGUUAAGCCCAGCGCCUAG